AGUCGUCACCCAAACGGUAAAUAAUCCUCACAGCACAACAGACAGCGGACACAUUUGUACUUUAAAGUUUAAUUUUUGCCUGCUACACAUACCCAUUCGUCACAAUAGUUCAUGUUUAAGCAUGUCUUCGAGUCAUGCAAAGGACUUCAGCUUCUGGGGAGGCCGGAUACCACCAGAGAUUGAAUCAAUGUCGAAAAAUCUGAAGGAUGUGGACCAGGAGUUGUUCAGGAAAUUAAUGAAAGCUGUGGUCAGCUCCCUGGAGGGAAAGGACUGCGUAUCGUUGAUGAAAUCAAUAGCAGAGAGCACAACGAUUCCACAGGACAGACUCGGUCACAUUGUAGCUGGGAUGCACAGAGUGCUGUCCGAGGCAAUCCGCAUCCCGCCAUCAUCACUAAAACAGGAGGCCUUCAAAGAAAAUCUAAGAGAACUGAGGAUACCUGAAGACUUCAUCUCAGAUUUCUCCAGUGUGGUUUUCGGCAAUCGUCGUUCAGCUCUAGAGACAGCAACCUCCACCAAUGAUCCUCACCUCCCCGCACUGCAAGACUUUAAAUGGAGGGUUGAUGUUGCCAUUUCCACUAGCUCUUUAUCCAGAGCCCUGCGCUCUUCUGUUCUGAUGCAGAUGAAACUAUCAGACGGGAGCUUUCAUUGCUUUGAGGUGCCUUUGUCCAAGUUCCAGGAGCUCCGUUACAAUACGGCUCUGAUUCUCAAGGAGAUGAAUGACCUGGAGAAGAGGAGCAUUCUCCAGAUACAAGACUGAAUGUACUUCACCUGUGUCUUAUUUUUUACAUGCAGUGGAAUUUUGUAAAGCUCAUGGUACUACUUUCAAUGACCGUAUUAUAAAAGAUGAUUAUCUGCCUCUCAUGACUUAUGACAUGGUUAUAUUGACAGAGUGCAACAUGAGAGAAGUUGGAUUCCUAACUGCACCACAACACACGAUGACUACGCCGAAUACAAAAUACAGCAUCACAAGUCCAACAGACUGCGUCACUCCUUUACACUUUGUGUUGUUAACUGGACAUGUGUAUUAUACAGUUCAGUGGAUGUUUUGGAGAUCUGGAGACAGCUGCAAAGCUUGUGCCAGAGGUCAUCUGGAAAAAAAUAAUGGUAUAUUUUAAGUUUCGUGUACACUAUGACAUUCCCUUUUAGAAUAAUUUAUUGACUUGAACUGUGCUGAUCACCUGGAAUCCCAUCAAAUUCAUCUUCAUUUACAGAUUUCAAUACUUCCAACAAUAUUCUUGCACCUGCACCUAAUUUGCAACCCCCCCCAUAUAUACAUUAAUAGGCAUAAUUACUCUUAAUGUUGAGUUAAAAACUUACAAGCAUGUUAUCCAUCACUUCAAAUUGCCUUUCAGCCAAGUCACAUAAGUGGGAGUGUGUGAGGUGACGUUGAGGAUAACUGUUGGUUCCAACCUACUAAAUAAAGUCCAGACAUUAUGUGCUCGUCGACCUGGCUAGACUGCAUUGUUGACCUAUUUAGAAACAUGCAUAACACAUUUUUAAUGUGUGAAGGGGUCAAGAGGGUCUUGGACUGGUUUAUGUGUCUUUGUUCAGUGUGUUUGUGUGCUUUCAUAACACUGUACUCAUUUCAAUAUAAGACAUUUUUUUCUGUUUU